AUGAAACUGCUCGAGUCCGAAAAAUUCUUGGGUAAGACCGGACAGCGAACUCUAUUUUCAAUUGAAUGUAUCAAUGGAAGACGUAUUGUGGCACAUUCGUAUUUCAAAAACACCGAACAGGAAAUUGUUUUAAUGCCUGGUUCAUAUUUUGAAGUGUUAGGUCAAUUGAAUCCAGCACCAGGUCUUCAUAUUAUUGAAUUAAAAGAAAUUAUACCACCGAUGACGCUGAUCAAACCGCCAUUUUCUAAACCAAACGUAGCAUCGAGCUGUUCACAUAUGCCAGCAGCAGAAGCCUCUACAAUAUCAAAGAAAAAACCAUUACUAGAAUCGGGAGUGUAUACCGAACUACUCUCAAGUAACAACGAAGAUUUCAAAACUGUCAGUCGAAUGUUCUUAGAUGGUUGGCCAGGUGAAUUGAAACGUGACAUCAAAGUCAAAGCAAUUUAUCAAAUUCAUAACGAUAUACUAGAAUCACGUUUUCAACAAUUUGUUCAUUCCAAUCCCAAAUUUUCAACAGGAAAUUCUAUAGGAUGGCACGGUACGUCGUCUAAUUGCCAGAAUGGUUCGUGCUCAUCUUCGGAGUGUCAUCUAUGUCAAAUUAUUCGAAAGGGAUUUAAACAGCAGUUUGCACGCCGUAAUACGAUUUCAUACAAAUGCUGGGGACCAGCUACCUAUUUUUCGAACCAAAGUUUUGUUUGCCAUACUUAUAACGGUGGUUCAGAAUGUGAUACCAAAAGGCGCUGCACAAUAAUGACAAAAAUCAAUUCUGGACACGCGCUAGACUAUUGGAGGAUCGCAGAACAUUGCACUCCUGACCCCGCAAAUUGCAUUCCUGCUUUGAUAAAAAAAUAUAAAUACGAUAGCGUGGCUUUAACCCCAAAUUACUAUAUAACGAGCUAG